UUCACAUCUGUUGUUGUGAGGAGAAUAUUAUGAAUAAUCAAGAUCUUUUUGAAGCUACCAAAAAUUAUUUUGACAUAGAAAAUUUAGGAAUCCAACAAAUUAAAUUGUUAGAAUCUGAAGAGAUGCAACGAGCUAGAAAAUUGCAAAAUGAUACUCUCAUUCAAAUUGGAAGCCAAUACAAAAUUGGACUUCUCUGGAAGAAUGAUCAGUUGAAGUUGCCUGACAGUAAACCUAUGGCCUUAAAACGACUGAAAUGCAUCGAGAAUAGAAUUUUGAAAGAUCCCGAAAUAGGCCAAAAAAUGAAUGCUCAAUUAGAAGACUUCAUAGCAAAGAAAUAUAUAAGAAAAUUAACAAAUGAAGAACUUCAACAAACCCAAGAAAAAAUUUGGUACCUUCCAAUAUUUCCUGUAUUGAAUCCGAACAAACCUGGGAAAUUCAGAAUAGUCUGGGAUGCAGCAGCCGUAACCCAAGGAAUAUCCCUCAACACCAUGCUUUUGAAAGGAGAGGAUCAACUGGCUUCUCUCUUAGGGGUACUUCUUCGUUUCAGACAGAGAAAAAUUGCAUUUUCCGCAGAUAUAAAGGAAAUGUUUUUGCGCAUAGGCAUAAUUGACCAAGACCAACAUGCACAACGAUUUCUUUGGCGCAAUGGUAACCCACAAAAUAAGCUGGAAACGUAUGUGAUGACUGUUAUGACUUUCGGAUCAGCAUGCUCCCCCAGUUGUGCUCAGUUUGUUAAAAAUACAAACGCCAGAAAAUUCAUUUCUCAGUAUCCAAAAGCAGUCCAUAGUAUUAUAAAUAAUCACUACGUGGAUGAUUUAUUAGACUCUGCUGAUACAGAAGAAGAAAGUAUCGAAAUUGCUAAGCAAAUUACUAUGAUACAUUCUAAAGGAAAUUUCGAAAUAAGAAACUGGUGUUCAAAUUCAAAAAAGCUUCAGGAUAUAAUGAACAAAUCGAAUGAUAAACCACAUGAUGUCAAGCUUGAUAUGGGAACUGACAAAAGCGAAAAAGUCCUAGGAAUGUGGUGGAACUUGACGUCUGAUAGUCUCAUUUUUUCUUUACGUUUUAACAAGGGAAAUAAAGAAGUGUUGAGUGGAGAAAAAAGACCAACGAAACGGGAGGUUCUUCGAAUACUAAUGUCAAUAUAUGAUCCUUUGGGACUCCUCUCACAUAUCCUCAUUCAUCUGAAAGUUUUACUUCAAGAAAUCUGGAGAAGCAAUGUCUCUUGGGAUCAACCAAUUGGAGAUGAACAUUUCAAGAAAUGGCUAUUCUGGCUCAAAAUUAUUCAUGAAAUUGAAAUUAUUUCAAUUCCUCGAUGUUAUUUGACGAAAAUAGAAAACUGGGAAAACACAUUAGUGCAAAUUCAUAUAUUUGUGGAUGCUGGAGAGCAAGCAAGUGCAGCUGUUGCAUAUCUAAGGAUCAAAAAAGAAAUAAUAGAAUGUGUUUUACUUGGAGCGAAAACUCAUGUUGCACCAAUCAAAUUGCAAACGAUUCCACGAUUAGAACUAGAUGCGGCUGUUAUGGGAGCAAGAUUAGGAAAAUCGUUUCACAAACAUUUGUCUAUUAAAAUAGAUGAAAUCUUCUAUUGGUCCGAUUCUUUAGUAAUUUUGAAUUGGCUGAGGAAUGAAGAUCCAAGAAAACUAUCUAAAUAUGUGGCUUACAGGGUAGUCGAGAUACAAGAAAAUUCGAUGAUUUCUAAUUGGAGAUACGUACCUACGAAACUCAAUGUAGCUGAUGAAGCAACUAAAUGGAAAAAUUCAGCGACUCUCAAGUAUCCAAGUAGAUGGUUUCAUGGUCCAGAAUUCCUUUAUUUCAAUGAAGAAUAUUGGCCUAUCGAACCAAAAGCGAAAAAACUGAAAAUUGAAGAAUUUAUAACCCAUCAUCAGGCAAUGGAACCGGUUAUAAAUAUGGAAAGAUUCAGCAAAUACAACAGACUUCUACGAACAACGGCAUAUCUGAAGAGAUUCAUAAUGUUAUUGCAAACUAGAAUUCGCAAGGAACUAUUUGUCAAUGGACCAUUCACCUCCGAAGAACUAUUGAAUGCUGAGAAUAUAUUAAUCCAUUGGACACAACAGCAAUUUUAUUCAGAAGAGAUCAUUCAAUUGGAGAAAAAAUCCACGACAGGUCAAGCAAUCGUUAAAAAGUCUAGUAGUUUAUAUAAACUGUCUCCUUACAUAGAUGAAAAUGGUUUGCUUCGAGUUAAAGGGAGAAUAGAUCGAACAAACAAUAUUGAAUUCAGCAUGAAAAGACCCAUAAUUUUACCAAAACAGAGCUAUCUGACAUCACUCAUUGUGCAAAAUUAUCAUAAUAAAUUUCUUCAUCGGAACCACGAAGUCGUUGUGAAUGAAAUAAGGCAAAAGUUUUUCAUUCCAAAAUUGAGAAGAGUAGUCAACAACAUAAGAAAUAGUUGUCAAUUCUGCAAGGUGAAAUUUUGUCAACCCAAAGAACCUGAAAUGGCACCUUUACCAGAAUGCCGUCUUGCAACAUUCACUGCUCCUUUCACGUACACUGGUGUGGAUUAUUUUGGCCCAAUUGAUGUAACAGUAGGACGAAGAUAUGAAAAGCGUUGGGGUGCUUUAUUUACCUGCCUUACAACUAGAGCAAUACAUUUAGAAGUGGCCUAUAAAUUGAAUGUUGAUAGCUGCAUACUUUGUUUCACAAAUUUUAUGAAUCGUAGAGGUCGUCCACGUCAUAUCUACUGUGACCGAGGAACUAAUUUCAUAGCUACAGAAAGGAUUUUGAGAGAGGAAUUACAGAAUUUAGAUCCUCAAAUGAUUGCAAAUUCUUUCAUAAAUCCAGAAAUUAACUUUCAUUUCAACACCCCUCUUUCACCUCAUAUGGGCGGCGCAUGGGAGCGUCUCAUAAAAGCUGUGAAGAUUUCCCUCUAUAGUUCUUUACCUUCCAGAACCCCGACAGAUCAAUUACUACUGAGUUGUCUUGUUGCAGCUGAAAAUAUAGUUAAUUCGAGACCACUUACAUAUCUACCAACAGAUAGUGAAACAACAGAGGCUUUAACACCUAACCAUUUUCUGAUUGGCACCUCUAAUGGCGACAAACCACUAGGUCAAAUGGAUGAUGAUGCAACUAUUUUAAAAUACAAUUAUUUGUAUAGGGAACAAUUUGCCAAUAAAUGUUGGCGUCGGUUCGUAGCUGAAUACUUACCACAACUACUUUUACGGACGAAGUGGCAGAAAAUUGCUGAUCCAAUCAAAAUAGGAGAUAUUGUUGUAAUUUGUGAUAAGCAAUUACCAAGAUGCAAUUGGCCAAAAGGAAGAAUAAUAGGAAUCAAGACUUCAAAAGAUGGUCAAGUGAGAAGCGCUACUGUGCAGACUCAAAAUGGCAUACUUGAGAGACCGGCAGUUAAAAUAGCUGUUUUACCAGUGAAAAUAACUGAUGAUGGUGCAAUCCAUUCCCACGGAAAUAAUGCACCAGGCGGGAGUGUGGAAAAUGUUUCAGUUAUUCUAGAUCAUUAAAUCAAAAUACCGGUCGCCAAGGAAAUGAAAGAAAAAAGAAAAUUAGUCAGAUUGAAAUAUAUCAGAACGGCGACCGUAUUUGAGUUAUUUAA